AUGAAAACUGUUUAUACAUCUGCCUAUUGUUUGGAAUAUACAUUUCAGGAAUCUGAUUGGUUCUAUUGUGAUUGUCACUGUGCCACCGGUGAUUAUCACUAUUCCACUGGUGUUUGUCACUAUGCCACUAGUGAUUGUCGCUAUCCCAACGGUGAUUGUCACUAUGCCACUGGUGUUUGUCACUAUGCCACUAGUGAUUGUCGCUAUCCCAACGGUGAUUGUCACUAUGCCACUGGUGAUUUUCACUAUGCCACUGGUGAUUGUCACUAUGCCACUGGUGAUUGUCACUAUACCACUGGGGAAUGUCACUAUGCCACUGGUGAUUGUCACUAUACUACUGGUGAUUGUCACUAUACCAUUGGUGUUUGUCACUAUGCCACUGGUGAUUGUCACUAUACCACUGGGGAAUGUCACUAUGGCACUGGUGAAUGUCACUAUGCCACUGGUGAUUAUCACUGUACCAUGGGUGUUUGUCACUGUACCACUGGUGAUUGUCACUAUACUACUGGUGAUUGUCACUAUACCAUAUGUGAUUGUUACUAUGCCACUGGUGGUUGUCACUAUACUACUGGUGAUUGUCACUAUACUACUGGUGAUUGUCACUUUACCAUAUGUGAUUGUCACUAUGCCACUAGUGAUUGCCACUAUGCCACUGGUGAUUGUCACUACAUAUACCACUGGUGA